GCGUUGCCACCUGGCCCUCCGUGGUUUUCCGGAUUCCGAAACAGUAGUAAGACAUUUAUUUAAUUUAAUCAAUGACAACAAUGGAGGAGGAAGCCUGGCAGGAUUUGAUUGGCAUCAGCGCAGACACGCCCGACGGACGCGAUAAGUGCGAACAGUGCAAGCGACCCGCUGUUGUCUGCUGGUGCUCCGCCCUACCUCAGCCACCGCUGGCGGUGGCCUCGCAAAUUGUGAUACUACAGCACCCUGCCGAAGAGAAGCGUUCCCUUCGCACUGCCUUGAUGCUCCAGCUGGGCCUGGAGCCGGGAAAAUGCGUUGUCUACAAGGGCAAACGAUUUCCCAAUCAAAAGAACUAUGCGGAACUGCAGCAAAUCUUCGAUUCGCCACAGACGCUGGUCCUCUAUCCUAGUAAAGAUUCUGUGCCUUUGGAGGAGAUCGAUCGCAGUGCCGGUCCAUACACUUUGGUGCUCAUCGAUGGAACCUGGCCACAGGCAAAGGCCAUCUACGCCAGCAGUCCCGCCCUGCAUCGACUGCGUCAGGUGAAACUCAUAUCAGUGGGCAUCAGCGACUAUAUCAUACGUACCCAGCCCACGGAGGGCUGUCUGAGCACUCUGGAGACGGCAGCGCAAUGUCUGGCCGUGCUCGAAGCCCAGCCAGAGCUGCGAAAGAUGCUAGUGAACCCGCUACACGCCCUCUGCAAAUACCAACUUGACAACGGCGCCGUUGAGCAUCAGUCGAAGGAGUUCCUGAUGAAGACCAAUCAAUACCCCAAGCCCAUUGGCAAGAGAUUGAGUCGCCUGCUCAACCAAACGGUGUGUGGAGCCGCCGAGCAGGAGGCGUGAUAGAGAAACGGACACAAAUGAGUGUAGUUUAUGCUUUUUACGUAGAUUUAUAGAGAGCUCUGUGCACGGCCAUAGUUAUAUUUAGCCAUUUAAUACAAACAAUUUGUAAUUUUCUACCCGAAA